AUGUCUACUGCCAACACCAGCACCUUCAUCCCAGCACAAUUGACUGACAACAUCCAGCCAGUCAUCACUGCUGAAAAUGCCAAGCAGAUGGUUGAGGAGGCUGCCAGGGUUACAAUGCAGGCACUGAGAGGCCUUCAGGGCCAGGAUGCUAAGCACUGGGGAAAAGCAGCUCAGCUUGUGUUGGCCCAGCUGGGAAUGGUCCACACAGUUGUUGAACAUCUACCCCCAGCAUUCAAGAUCCCUCUGCAUCUUAUUGCUAUCAAUAUGCACAUGGUUGACCCAGCAACAAUCUUUGCCACACAGAUGUGGCCACCUUUCAACCAGAUGAUGAUGGCACAAGAGGCUGACUGUGAAGGAUCAUGCAUGCCUAAGUCUCACCCAUAUUACAGGGUCAUGGAGGAGCUUACUGGGCCUUCAUUGAGGGCUGAGCACCAGGCACAGCUGGUGGAUAAGGGGAAGGGGAAAGAGUUGGGUACAGAUGAGGCUCAAGGGAUUCAGCUUCUGGAUGCACCCACAGACACUACAGCUAGGACCACUGGAGUUGUGAUGCAGAAGCCAGGACAUGAGGAGGAUCAGAACAGGGAGAAGGCACAGGGCUGUAGCCAGUCAAGAUGUGGCCAGCCAGCAGCCAAGCCUGUUGAUGCCAGUGAUCACACCAGUAGAGGCCUGGAGCUGGUCAAGGAGACCAACAAAGAAGCUUGUUCAAGGGGAGGGGAGACAAGUCCGAGAUGCAGCAAAAAGCCUCCCAUUCAAGGCCUCACUGGCAACAAUCCCCAGAAGACACCACUGGCCUUCCCACCACUUCAACACUUGCUGCACCAGCUCCAUCAACUGUCCAUCCAAAGUAACAAGCCACAUUAUUUGUCUCCUGGCCCAUGGACUGGCUGCCCCAUAUCAGAAGAGGUUACCAUCCUCAAGUGGGAGAAUGCUGACAUGAGGCAGGAGAUAGAAGUAACCCAUACUGAGCUUGCCACUCUCCAUCAGGUGGUAGAUGCCAUCCAUAAUCACCUAUUCCCAGCCCCAGACAUGCUUAACCAUCCUCUGGUCCCAUUUCACACUACUUCCAAUCCUACACUGGUACCUCACAUGCUGGUCAUGGUGGAACUUGGCACUGCCACUGGUGUUGUAGAGGUUCAAUCAUCCCAAAGCGGCUCAAGACAGGAGUCCACUGAACCCCCCCCCUGGCUUCAUUCAAGGGAGGUGCUGGCUUGGAAGUACCUCCUUUGA